AUGAAAAUAGUAUGUGAUGGUGUCGGAGCCUCCUGGAGCUCCAGGGGUCCCCUGGCCGCUGGCCGCCGGAGCGGGGCCCCUCUCUGGGCCUGGCUGCUCCUCGGGGCCCUGUUGGUCCCAGGGGCCGGGGGCCUCCUGAGCGAGCAGCAGGAGGAGCUGCUGGUGGAGCUGCACAACCACUACAGAGGGCAGGUGGCCCCGCGCGCCGCCGCCAUGCUGCCUCUGCGGUGGGAUGCGGGCCUGAAGAUGCAGGCUGAGGGCUUCGCUGCUCAAUGCAUCUGGAGCCACAACCCGGAUCUGGAGGAGACCGGGGAGAACCUGUUCGUGGGGACCGGGUCUCUGGACCCCCGCCAGGCUCUGGAGAAGUGGUUCCUGGAACAUCUGGACUAUGACUUCCAAAACAACAGCUGUGAUGAAGACCAGAUGUGUGGCCACUAUACACAGAUGGUGUGGGCAGACACACACAGAGUCGGCUGUGCCCUCCAUCUCUGUGACAACAUGAAGGGUCUGGAUUCUGCUUUGCAUCAGCUACUCACCCAGCAGGGGCGACUCUGCUGCUAG